UUCAUUUUCAUCAUUCCUUCAUUUCCCUUACAAGUACACUUUUGCAAGACCUUCCCUCACCCAUGGCUCAUAAAGCAGACCUGUUUUUACUGAUCUUAUUUCUAGUGUGGUGCUGCAACACUUCCUCUAGUACCAGUCCGGAGGCCGAAGUUCUCGUCAAGUUCAAGAGCUCUCUUUCUAUAAACGCCGCCUUGGACAAUUGGAAUGUGUCUAUCAACAUAUGUGAUGACGAUCCAAAAACGAGAGGUAAAUUCUGGACUGGUGUGACUUGCAAGGAUGGAACUCUGUUUGGGUUACGGCUUGAGAACAUGAGCUUAAGCGGCGUUAUCGACAUAGACACACUCGUGAACUUGCCAUCUCUAAGGAGCUUGAGCUUCAUGAACAAUAGCUUUCAUGGUUCAAUGCCUCCGGUUAAGAAACUGGGCGCACUGAGAGCUUUAUAUCUUGCAUACAACAAAUUAUCUGGUACAAUACCUGAUGAUGCUUUUCAAGAUAUGAGGUCGUUGAAAACGGUGCGUUUAGAAGAGAAUGAUUUUAAAGGACAAAUUCCAGGUUCCCUUUCUAGUUUGCCAGCAUUGGUGGAAUUGAGCCUUGAAGGGAAUAGAUUUGAAGGCAAAAUUCCUGAUUUUAUUCCAAGGGAUUGGAAGUUGUUCGAUUUGUCCAAUAACCAAUUGGAGGGUGCAAUACCCUCUGGCUUAGCCAAUAUCGACUCCAAUGCAUUUGCAGGGAAUAACGAUUUAUGUGGAAAACCUCUAAGUCGAUGCAAGUCUCCAAAGAAAUGGUACAUCCUCACCGGAGUAACCGUCGGAAUCAUCUUGUUAGCUAUCAUUGUCAUUCGCCAUCGCUACCGCCGCCGCAAGGCUCUAUCAUUAGCGGCGGAAGAAGCCCACGAUAAAUUGGGCCUGGCAAAGGCCCAAUAUCAGGAGCAAACAGAAGAAAAUGCGAAGCUGCAGUUCGUUCGGGCCGACAGGCCCAUCUUUGACUUAGAGGAGCUGUUGAGGGCCCCAGCAGAAGUUUUGGGCGGUGGAAGUUUUGGGUCGUCUUAUAAGGCCCUACUCUCAAAUGGGCCUCCAGUGGUAGUGAAAAGGCUUCGGCCCAUGAGAUGUGUUGGGUUCGAAGAGUUUCAUGAGCACAUGAAAAAGCUGGGCUCAAUUUCACAUCCCAAUUUGCUUCCUCCUCUGGCUUUCUAUUAUAGAAAUGAAGAUAAGCUUUUGAUUUCUGAGUUCAUGGGGAAUGGGAACUUGGCUGAUCAUCUUCAUGGCCAUGCUCAGCGCACGCCUGGAAAUAUUGGGCUGGACUGGCCCACACGGCUACGGAUCAUCAAAGGAGUGGGCCGAGGCCUGGUCCAUUUACAUAGAGAGCUACCGAGCCUGAGCCUACCACACGGCCACUUAAAAUCCUCGAACAUUCUUCUCAACAGCAGUAACGAGCCUCUAUUAACCGACUUCGGCCUCGACCCUCUGGUUUGCCAGGAGCAAGCACACCAAUUCAUGGCCGCGUACAAGUCGCCGGAGUACAUCCGGCACCGGCGUGUCUCCAGAAAGACCGAUGUGUGGAGUUUAGGAAUUCUGAUCCUGGAGCUUCUGACCGGAAAGUUUCCGGCGAACUAUCUCCGGCACGGGGGAGGCGCGGCCAACGGCGACCUGGCGGCGUGGGUGAAGUCGGCGGUGAGAGAGGAGUGGACGGCGGAGGUUUUCGACGGUGAUAUGAUGAAAGGGACGAAGAACGAAGACGGAGAAAUGGUGCGGCUGCUGCGGAUCGGAAUGAAUUGCAGCGAAGAGGAGGAGGAUCAACGGUGGGGAUUGAAGGAGGCGGUGGAGAAGAUUGAGGAGUUGAAGGAAACGGAAAGUAGUACUGAUGAUGAAUUUUAUUCAUCUUAUGGUAGUGAAGUGGAAGUCCGAUCUAUAGAGAGGGAGUGACUUUCUUAUAUUUUGUUUUUUGGUCCCUAAAUUUUAGGGGUUAUUUUAGUUUUAACUGUCUAAAUUUGGUCGGUGUAAUUUUAAUACGAGAUAUUUGGUCCUUACACCCAUCUUUUAUGUAUCCAUAACCCCCCUUUUUUUUUUCUUAAGAUACAAGUGAAGACAUCCACUAUAGUAUGAGGUUUUUUAUGGAGUAAAACUAAAAGCAAAACUAUGAAAGUUUAUAA